CUCAGACCAAUGGAGGCUUCCUCUGGAGAUAUAGAAGAAGGCACUGAAGACAUUCAAGGACGGAAAAAGUCCAAACUCAAGUCCCUGAGAACUCGUAUCUUCGGGCGGAACAAGAGAACAGAUGGAGAGGGAAACACCAAACUCAGUCAGUCGUCCAGCGACAUCACUGAAGAACAGGGACUAGGAUCAGAGGAGGAUUUGGUAUGCUCCCAGGGAAUGAUGGGAUCCCGAGCGUUCUCCCAUGACAGCAUCUUCCUGGCUGAGGAGGAUCUGACAGACCCUGAACCAGCCAGGGUCCUAUCCCAGGAGAAUGUUCACAGCAAGAUAAAAGCUCUGCAGAUCAAGCUUCAGCAGCAGAAGAUGCAUUUGGGGCCACCACCCUUGGUUGUGCCAGUCAGACGGUCAGAGGAGCAAAGCAGCCGCUCAGAGGAUGACAUCUCAUGUGACGUUACAUCACAGGGAGGUGUCUGCAAGACCAUAUCCCAGCCAUCCCUUCGUCCUCUCUCACCUAUCUUCAAACCUGCUCUGACCAAGUUUGCGCCCCAGCUUCCAUCCCAUCCUCUACCUCCUGAUGUCCCAUCCAUUUCCCCCAUCAUUGACAAUCCGUUGGACUUCAGUUCUCCUGCUCAGUUCGCCCCCUGCCUGGAUACCUCUGCUGCACGCCACCGGAUGUCUGUCAAGCCCAGAAACCAACGGGCCGGCACCAAGCAGAGACUCGCUACAACUGAUUUAAGGCUUCGGUCACAGGCCCUGAACAACAUUGAUCACCCUGACUAUGUGGAAGAAGAGGAGCAGCGGCUUUGUGCUCCAGACAAGCUGUCGCUGGAAACAGAACAAAUAGAAGCAGAUACUGCGACCAUAGCUCAGCACCUUCCUACCAAAUCCCCAGAGGUUGCACCAAUAGCUCUAGAAGAAGCCCCCAAAACAUCCAGUUUGACUUCUUCCCAAAUGGAUCAUGCUCCUCCUAUGAGAAAACCCUCUAUCUCCUCACAGGUUCUUCGACCUAAGCCUCAAAGAGCAGUGGAUGUUGCGUCCACUGAACGUCCACAUUCAUCCUUUAUAGAGUCGGAACUCAAAACCACAGGAGAGGGAGAUUCUGAGAUACAAGUAAUGUUCCACGACAAGAGGAAUAUUCUUAAAAAGAUUGGAGUGACUGAAGAGACCUCGGGCCAGAUCUCUUCUACCUCCAGCUCAGCACUGCUAUCCAGGGGAUCCUCUAUUCAACAGCAGGUUAAAGAUGAGACAGAGAGCAUAAGAGGAAUAAAGAGACCUGCCCCAGGAUCUGGCUCCUUCCAUUUCUCCAUCACCGCUGCCAAAAAACGAGAUAGGGAGAGACCCCGAUCGGGCAGUUUUGUGGGAGUGCUGAUAGAAGCCGAAGCCAGGCACAAGAGCAAAGGGGGAACAGAGGAGAAUCGUGUUGCAGGCUUAAGGGAAAAGGAGGAACUUAAAGAGAGAGUUGUGGGACGCCUAAAGCAAGAGGGAUCUCUACUCAAAGGCUCAGGAAUUACAUGGGAUAAGAUGGACAGCCUCAAAAAGACAGAACCAGUGGCUUCUGUGUCUAAAAAUGCAGCCGCAGACACUUCAGCAAAGGAGGAGGUGGAGAGCAGCCAGGAGGAUGUGGAGGAAGCCGUGGAAGCACAGGAGGAGGUCCAGGAGGAAGAAGGGAAGACAGCAUUUGGUGUGAAACUACGCUCAACUUCUCAAUCGAUGAGAGUUCGAGCUGAUCCGACCCCUAACCAUUUCUCUAAGCCGCCAGUCAGUGAGGACCAGUGUGACAAACAAAACAGACAGGAGAUGAGCGAUAAUGUCGGCUACGUGUCUAAAAAGCCGCUCAUCUCUUGUCCCCCAUCCACCUCUGGAGACAUCAGCAUGUCAGAUCCAACCCCAUCUGGCUCCACCCUUCCACUCAAGAAUACCAUACCAUCGACAGGCAAUUCUUCCAUCACGUCUGCAGAGGUCAGAGCAACCUCCUCAGACGCCGGAGAAGUAGGGACUGCCCCCUCUGUGCCUCAGGAGCCCCAGUCUGCCCCCGCACCAGCAUCGUCUGAAGGGUCCUGGAUGAGCCUCGCAAUGGAAAAGACCAGGAACCUGCAGCAUCUCUUCACAAGCAGGUUCCCCAGAGACUUUACAGGCGCGCAGACUGUGGCUCGACCGCCAGCACAAGUGCAGCCGAAGACUCAAACAGAGACACAGAUUGGUGAAGUGCAGCAGGGUUCAACACCAUCGCAGGCUGCACAUCAGCCAUCCAGUGAAACAGUGAAAACAGCAAAGGUGCAAAGUACAAGUCAAGCACACGCUGUCACACCAUCACUAGUGUCAGUGCAACAGAACACGACAAAGGUAGCUACUGGUCUGUCAGAAACUCCUAAAGAAGCACAAACAUCCAAACAAACCAAUGAAUCCCAGUCACACCCAAGUACAACUCAGUCUGCUUCUCAGUGUCUGUCUAAUCCACCUGUACAGACCAAGCCAUGGACCACACAGUUUCCCCUACGUUCUUCUACACAAGCAGACACCUCGUCUCAGUUUGCACUGAAGGGGAGCGCCACCCACUGUCUUGCACAAUCUUCCUCAAGCCAGCAAGCCACCUCCCAGCCACCUGCUUGGACUAAUCGAAGUGUCCACCCCACCAACCAGCUCAAACCCACAGCUUCAGGUUCCACCACCACAUCGAUCACAGCUUCUCUUCCCCGAGUGUCUACGCUGGGAAAAGGGGAACGAGAUGCCAACGUGCAGGAAAAAGAGGGUCCCUCACCCAUAGGAAGACGAGCAGUUUUGGGCGGGUCAGUGAUCAAGAGGGCUGCUUUUCUGGAAAAAACAGCAGAAUGGGUCACACCAGCUGGAGCGAAGGAGGUGGAAUUGAAGAAAGCUCAAUCAGAAGUGCAGUCAUCAGAAGUGCAGUCAUCAGAUGAAUCCCCUGUCUCUGCCAAUACAACGACUCUGAGCACAGACACAAAACCAGAAGGAAGACCAGGGGUAAAACCUACAGAGUCGAUCCCCACCAAAGUCCCGGACAGGCCCAGUGAGGACAAAUGGCUCCGGAAAAACCCUGCAUCUUCUUCGCCCUCAUCGUCCCCCACACAGUCGUCAGAGUUGCAGUCCAUGUCGGAGGGUGGCAAGCCGUCCUGGAUGGAACUGGCGAAGAGAAAGUCAAUGGCCUGGAGUGACAAGACCAUGGACUAACAGGGAAAAGAGACAAAUAUAGAGAAUAUGGCAACAUGAAGAGGAGCUGCCCUGCAGACAAAUACCACCUUUAUUAAGGUUAAUGAGCUGAAUGUUUGGUGCGACUGUUAGAAUGAUGGGGAUACUGUGAUAAUUUAUGUUGUGAGGCUGUUGUGUUUGAAUAGUAUUUAAUUGUUAUUUGUUAAUGUUGAAAGAUAGAGUACAUGUUGAAAAGUUCACUAUGAUCCCUCUGCACCACAACCACUUUAAGAUGAGGGUUGUAUUUCAGAAUCAUAUUUUAUCUGAUUCAUCAA